AUGCGAGAACCACGCGAUUUAAUUGAUCCAGCUUUUCGUCAAUACUGGAACGAGCUACUCACACCCGACCUCCUCCAUCAGCUCAUCAAGGGCACAUUCAAAGACCAUCUUGUGGCGUGGGUCAUCAACUACAUCACGUUGACUGCGGAGAGCGAGCGUGAAGCAAAGCGGAUACUCGAUGAUAUCGAUCGGCGGAUCGCCAGUGUCCCCGCAUUUCCUGGGCUACGGCGCUUUCCGCAAGGGCGAAAUUUCAAGCAGUGGACGGGCAACGACUCGAAGGCACUCAUGAAGGCCUGUGCGAUCCGGUUUGUUUCUCGUAAUGUCUUCCUGCCGGUGCUAACCGGAUACGUUCCUGACAAGAUGAUACGCUGUCUUGAUGCGUUCCUCGAGUUCGCAUACCUUGCGAGGCGCCCCUCUCACGACACCACCUCCCUCGACGCCAUGGAUGCUGCGUUGGCACGCUUCUGCGAGCUUCGCUCAAUCUUCGUCGAGACUGGUGUGCGACCGAACGGUUUUGCGCUACCCCGACAACACGCACUUCUCCAUUAUACCCGGAUGAUCAAGCUCUUUGGGUCGCCCAACGGUGUGUGCACUUCAAUCAGCGAGUCGAAGCACAUCGCUGCUGUGAAGCGUCCUUGGCGUGCAUCGAACCGCAACAACCCGCUAUUGCAAAUCCUUCGCACAAACACACGUCUCACGAAGCUCGCUGCGCUACGUGUCGAGCUAGGCCGUCGUGGCUUGUUGCAUGGGGAUUUGAUCUCUUACGCCCUUCGCAAGGUGGGCCUCGCACCGCCGCAAGAUGCUCAAUUGGAGCGCGAAGAGCUACACGCAAAUGAACAAGAU